ACAAGACAUGCGCUUAGAUGAAGCAAUUCACAGGCGGAAGGCGUUAGAUGAAGAACAAACAUCUCCAAUGAAUUCUCAUGUAGAAAUCUCAUUCUCAUGUAGUUCUAGCCAAUGGACAUGGAACCGAAACUGUACAGCUGAAACGUGCAGUUUUCGGUUUAUUAAUCGACGUACGUACUGUGCAUAGCACACGGGCAUCUUCAACAGCUGCCGAUCUGAUGUUCAUGAGGCUCUCCUCAACCUGAGAUGCUAAAUGAACCACUGCUCCAAAUUCCUUGACAUUGACCGAGUGAUAUGUUAAGGAAUGCACGAACCACUCCAGUGAGAAGUAGAGCACUGGGAUUUUGGAGCAGAGCCCGUGAGGCUCAAAUCCGCAGGAUUCAAUUCAUCAGGGGUUUCAAUUCGAACCUGUACCCUGAGAUGAUGACGAUGUUGAGGAGCUCUGUGUUUCACAGUGAGACCAAAUUUCAAGAUCAAGAGAGGAGAAGAUUAAACAGAAGAGUGUAGGUAAAGACUGAAGCGUGGUUCACUUCUUCUCCAUGCCUUUGAUCGUCAAUGGUCUUUAUCAAUUCCUGUGCGCGUGAGGACGACCCGUAGGCAGAGCGCUUGGUGCUUUGACGGCUGAUGUUCAUCAUAAUUCUGAACUCAAGGUCUCAUAUCUGAUUCGGUCCGCUGUACAAAGACUGGAACGUGUAACCGAAGAGUCCACGUUCUGACAUUAGACAUGAUAGAACUUCCUGGUGAGUCUUUCAUAAGAGGAAGAUGUCUUGGUCUUGUCUUUUGGCUCUGUACUGAUUGACCGAGCCUGAGGCGAAGGCCUUGUACGAUUCCCAUGGAUGAUCUAUAACAUUUAGAGGUAAAUUGGGGCUCUCA